AUGGCGUCGUCUAGUUCUGGUGCUAACAAUAAACCACCUCCAGUUCCACCUCGUCCAGUGAAUUUGCCACGCCCAAGUAUGCUGCAUUCUGAGAUUCAGUCUGAAAGCCAGAUAUCCUCUAGAUGCAGAUACAUAGUUUUGGUGUAUCUCCUAGUUGUGGUAAUACUUCUGCUGGCCUUGGUUCAAUGGGAACUUGUGUGCUACUACAAACCAUUAACAGAUCUUUUCUUGGCCCAGUACUGGAUUAGUGUAUCCUGCAUGCUGAUCUCAGCUCCACUUUUGGCCAUAUUCCUUCUCAUUCGACAAGUUCGAUAUUUACCAAUUCUGGGAUGCCUGCUAAUGUGCUCCAUUGUAGCUUACUGUCAUGCGCUCACCUUUCUGAUUUACUUUACCAUAACUGCGAUUUUGGUGAUCGUCCUUGUGCUGAUUGGAUCGUUUAUUCCCUGCGACCUAACUGCUAAUGUAGCUUCCUUGUUCAUCUUUAUCAUGUACCAUGCCCAACUAAUUCGCGGUUGGCGAUACGCAGAACUAUAUUCCACCGAUGGACUCUUUGCCGUGAUCGUCCUUUUCUGUCACUUCUGCAUUAUCUUGAUGCUUUUCUGCUUUUUGGACUGGUCACAAGCUGAUGAUGUUGAUCAUACUGAUUCUUCUGAAUUUGCUUACAGAGCUAUGUGGCCAUUGGUCUCCACAGCUGCCAUUGAAGAUGAUUUUUUGGGUCAGACCACUCAGGACUUCGGGCGCCUGCUAAGCCCACUCGUCGACAUUAUAAUAACAUCCAUCAUUCUGGACCAUACACAAAUGACAACAACUGCCAAAAAGUAG